AUGUCCUAUUCACCUACGACACCCACCGAGUUUGUCCCUCUUUCAUGCUUUUCCAACGCCCUGCUCACGGUUUAUCUCGCUACCCACUUUGUCCCUGCUGGUCCUUUGAUCGAUUGCCCGCUCGGCUCCGAAUCCCCCCUCCCUCGACUUUGGCUUUCCUGGGUGCUCGCCACUCUCGACGGCGUCAACACCCUUUAUAUCCCAUUUUCAAACUCUCCAAUGGCUCAUUCAGAGAUGGCUUCCAACGCUUCUGAUCCCAUUUCCCUCGACUAUCCUCUCGGCUUUGACCUAUCGUCUUCGACAGCUGCACCUGCAGUGAUGCCAGACGACCCCAUCGUGUCUUCCAAUCUUCCCACUCCUGAUAGUGAGUUGGGCCCCAGUAAUGCGACCACCACCCAGCAUACUGGUGGACGUGGCAACGUGUGUGGACCAGCUCAUUCUGCGAAUACGAAUACACCGUCGCCCGUCAUGCAGCACCACCACCAUCACAACAGCUCCAACCCAUCCUCGUCGCCUAACCAACUUUGUCACAGCCAGCACAUUGACCACCAGCACUCCUCUAUUCCCUCUGCUCCUGAAUGGAUGCGUCGCGCCUCGGGUAUGAAUGAACCAGCCCCGAGUAACCUCCUAGGCAGAACGGGCUUCACCUCGCAGCCAUCCAACGCCCCAGCGUCUACAUGGCCCGAGUGGCCUUCUUCAGGCCCGAAUGUUCAAGUCAUGGGUUCUCAAUGGGAAUCCCCGAGUGUGCUCACAGGCACAAACUCGGGACAAGGUACAGGUGCAGAUGGACAACAGGAGCAGUACAAAGAACAACAAGACUCGCAGCUCCACCAGCUGAUUGACUCGCUUAUGCAUGGUCAUCCCUACGCAGACACCAGUAAUCAUACACAAGCCCAAGCCCUUCAACGACAACAGCAUCAGCAGACAUCCUCCACGGGACCACACAGGUCUCACGUUCGGUCGCUCUCCCACUCGACUACACCCCCUACUCCGCCUUUGGCCGUCGACCUCUCGCCGUCGCUUCCAAACGACAACGACUCGACCACCAGUACGGACUUUUUCUCAGGAGUAGGUCCAUUUGGAUUCUCCCAACCGGCGUCUGGAUAUUAUCAUAACGACAGCCAUGGUGGCCGUGUUCACGUGCAGAUACCAAACCACGUCGGCCCUUAUGGUACAAGUAGACAAACGCCAUUUGCUACCGCGUCCGCAGACAUCCAAGCGCUACUCGAGCGUCAAAAGACACUCUCGCCACCGCUUUCGCUCAACUUACUUGGGACGACGACGACGAAUCGACCGUACGCCAGGAAACAUGUGCGUAACCCUCCGUACAGGCGCAAACUUUCUCAGGCGGGAUCUAUCUCGACGACCAGCCCUCCUUCUAGCCGCCAAACAUCCAUCUCGAGUACAGGUCGUCUUGCCGAGUCUACCACAGUAGAUGGGCUCGGUGGCACCCCGGCAUCUUUUACUGGGCAGUACGACGAGUAUACUUAUGCACCAUCGUCGUGGUCAUAUGAGAUGCACAUGCCCGCGCAGGCGUACCACGAUAUCGGGAGUAUGCCAUUGGGACCACGCGCUUCUGCUGCACGUGUAUCUGGAGUAUACCAGAGGUAUGAAUCUGCAAUUUCCGGGGGGAUCGCCCCCUCCUGGGCCUCGAGCCAACAGGCAGAUGCCCAAGUUUCGAGAUCGACCAUCACGCGCACGUCUCCACAGCCUCCACCGAGCAACAUUAACCGAGACACAAUCGCUCGUGCCUCUAACACUGCCAGUGUCACCGCCAAUGUCACCGCCACUCACCAUUCGACCUCGACAGCGGCCCGUGUCGUCGAGGGAGACAAAGUUGUCUCGCUCCCACCCUCCAUCGUCGAGCCCACGAUUCCUCUAGAGGUGCGCUUGGAAUCCUUGCCGCGCGAUAAGCGCGCCAUGUUUGAGCGUGCCUGUGGUCCGCGCUGGAGUGCGGCGCGAGAUGCCAAUGCCUCUACGCGUGCAGUGGACGACGUUACCACUACGGUGAACGCUCCCAUCGUAGAAGCGAUUUAUGCGCUCUUGAGCAGUGAGCAGUUGGCCAAGCAGAUGGAGAUCCCGGAUGACCUCGUCGAACCCCUGUUGGCCCGUGUGCCGCUUCCAAAGGCGGUCGCAAAGAGAGGCAGCCGUGGUGGCGCCGCUGGGUAUACUUGCCUAUGGGCUGGAUGCAACAAGCAACUCAUUAAGCGCCUUGACCACGCAAAGAAUCACAUCCGUGAGCACUGCAAGUCCAAGCCAUUUGCAUGUGGUGGCCCUACCACUCAAGGAGCCGUCAUGGGUGGACGCGGAUGUGGCCAAAAGUUUUUGAGAAUCGAUGACCUCAAACGGCAUCAGAAGAGCCACUGCAGCGUGUUGAAAAGCGGUCCCACCCGCCGCCCUCGAGCUGUUCGUGGGGUCUACCACGACGAAGACGACGAAGAGCACGACUCUGAUGACUCGCCGCUCAAGGGGGAUGACGAUGAUGAAUAUCGUCCGACUGAGCCCCGUCUCUAUCCACUCCCUACGCACGCAGAUCCAGACGCGUCCUCUCCUGCUGCGACCAGUGAUCAAGCGCCUAUGGCAAAGGCGACGACUACAAGGGAGAUGGUUCAUCGCGUGCGUGGAGAGAAACAGCGCGCAGCGGCAAAGCAGGCCCUCGCUGCAGUCUCUGCAGCGGCAGCUUACCUUGUAGACGAAGGCUCGAGCGACGCUGGUGGUUCAUCUCCUGAUACGAUGACCAGCGGAACGAGAGCCAGCCCCGUCGACCUGGGGCGGCUGCAGACGAGUCAUGUGCGCGGUGGUGCGGCGAGCACGUUGCCAAACGCAUUGCCUUCGUCCUCGGCUGCUAUGCUUGCUGCCAACUCGAGGUUCCUUUCCCCAACAUACCCGACAACGCAAGUGGCAACGGCACGAGAUGUCCACGACAGCAUCAAAUUGGAUGAUCUCGUGGAGAUGGAUGGUGCAGAUUUGGAUGUAUUUGGAUUGGAACAUCAGAAGACAGUGACUCAAAUGAUUGGUACCGAAAAACUCCCCACUCGACCUGCGCUUUGA